GGGGCGGGCGCGCGCAUGCGCGGGGCGGGCUCGGGCGGGAGCGCGGGAGCCGCGGGCGGGCCGCAGGAAACAUGAAGGUCAUCACGUGUGAAAUAGUGUGGCACAACAAGGAGCCGGUUUACAGCUUGGACUUCCAGCACGGAGCGGAUGGGAGGAUCAAUCGCCUGGCCUCGGCAGGGGUGGACACGGCCGUGAGGAUCUGGAAGGUGGAGAAAGGCCCGGAUGGAAAAGCCAUCGUGGAAUUCCUGUCCAACCUGGCGCGCCACACCAAGGCCGUGAACGUCGUGCGCUUCUCUCCCAGCGGGGAGAUCCUGGCCUCAGGAGGGGAUGAUGCUGUCAUCUUGCUGUGGAAGCUGAAUGACAGCAAAGAGUUGGAGCCGUUGGUUUUUCAGGAUGAGGAUGAAGCUCAGCUCAACAAGGAGAACUGGGCAGUCAUUAAAACCUUGAGAGGCCACUUGGAAGAUGUGUAUGAUAUUUGUUGGACCUCAGAUGGAAAUUACAUGGCAUCUGCUUCCGUGGAUAAUACAGCAAUCAUGUGGGAUGUCAAUAAAGGUCAGAAAGUUUCAAUAUUUAAUGAGCACAAGAGUUAUGUCCAAGGAGUGACCUGGGAUCCUCUAGGCCAGUACAUUGCAACCCUGAGCUGUGACAGGGUCCUGCGGGUUUACAGCACCCAGACCAAGCGAGUGGCCUUCAACGUCACCAAGAUGCCAUCGGGGUCAGGAGCUGAGGGAGAGGCGCGGAGCUUUCGGAUGUUCCACGACGACAGCAUGAAGUCGUUCUUCCGCAGGCUCAGCUUCACCCCCGAUGGCUCCUACCUGCUGGCCCCAGCUGGCUGUGUGGAAUCGGGAGAGAACGUUACAAACACCACCUAUGUUUUCUCCAGAAACAACCUGAAAAGGCCCGUGGGUCACCUGCCCUGUCCUGGCAAGGGAACCCUGGCUGUUCGCUGCUGUCCCGUGUACUUCGAGCUGAGAGGAGCCUCUGCUAAAGAUGAAAUCAGUGCCAGCUCCCCCCCUGGCCUGUUUAACCUCCCCUAUCGCUUGGUGUUUGCUGUUGCUUCAGAAGACUCUGUGCUUUUCUAUGACACUGAGCAGUCCUUCCCCUUUGGUUACGUCUCCAACAUCCAUUACCACACCCUCAGUGACAUUUCAUGGUCCAGUGAUGGAUCCUUCCUGGCCAUCUCCUCCACGGACGGGUACUGCUCCUUCGUCACCUUCGAGGAGGAUGAGCUGGGAGUGCCCCUGAAGGAGAAGCCCCAGAUCUCUGUCAGGACCCCUGGUGCAGCAGCAGACAAGAAAGCCAAGAAGAGCCAGUCCCACAAAGUGACUUCCCCAGGCUCCAGGCCGGCAGAGGAUCCCCCACUGCCACCCCGAACCCCCAGCUCUGCUGGGAAGGAGCUGCCCUCCACCCCUGUGGGCAUCAAAAACGCUCCAGGCUCAUGCCCUUCCACCCCUGUGGGCAUCAAAACCACUCCAGGCUCAUCCCCUUCCACCCCUGCUGCCAUCAAACCCGCUCCAGGCUCAUCCCCUUCCACCCCUGUGGGCAUCAAACCCGCUCCAGGCUCAUCCCCUUCCACCCCUGCUGCCAUCAAAGCCGCUCCAGGCUCAUCCCCUUCCACCCCUGCUGCCAUCAAAGCCGCUCCAGUGCCAUCCUCAGAGGAGAGGAGGAGCAGCACCCAGAGCAGCAGAGGCCCCCAGCCCAGGAGGGUCACCCUCACCACUCUGCAGUCGUGUUUCAAAGCACCCAGGAGAAUAAACUUGAUUUCCUUGAAGCCAGAUACCCCAACCUCUGCAUCUCCAGACCCAGCUCCCAUCCCUCCUUCCUCAGAACAGGAACAUGAGAGGCCGUUGCCAUCUGAUGAGAGCCUCCAAGCUCCUCCAGCACCCAAACGUGCCAGGACUGAGGAAUUGUCCCUUUCUGCACCUGCUGGGGACCAAACCAGCUGUGAGCCCAACAAAUAAAGGCUGAGCAGAGCCCUCACAGCCUGAAGGCAGAGCAGCCACGUCUGAGUGCAUUUCUUUUUGCAAGGAUUCAAUCCUCAAUUCCCAGAUCAGGUUCUCUGUGCAUAUUUGAUGUAGAACUGAGAAGAAACUGCCAGUGGAAGACCCAGGUUUCAAGAAUGGGGUUCUGCAGCAGGAGAAGUAGUUGGGAAGUGACUUCAAGAAUAAGGAAAUGAGGGAAUUAAAGGAAAUCUGGGGAUUAAAAAUCCAUCCAGUAAGCUGUGAGUCUCCAUCACAGUCCCUAAAUCCGUGUUUAGAAAGCAUUAUGUCUUCCAGUAACUGUCUGGCAAAAAGAACCGAAUGCAUUCAUAAGAUUUGAUGGGGUUCAAGACCUAAAAAAAAGAGGAAAUUGUGUCAUUCCAGCAUUUUGCUUUAUUUCUUGUGUAAAAUAAUGCUCCCCAGUAGCUGUGGGGUGGAGCUGAUUCACUCUGAACGCAGCAGCAAAGCUCAGGACUGGGAUGUGGGAGCAGAAAUGGGAAGAUUCACCUGCAAAAAACAGGAAAGCAAAAGAAGAAAUCCUCUGGAGAGCUGCUGUAAGAAGGAAACAGCAGAAGGUUCUCACUUGUUUAAUUUCUGGACUUAAAAAAGAAAUGCAGGUGUGAGAUUUUCCUGAGGCAGCAGGAUUGGAGUGUGUACAUUGAAAUUUCCCCUUUCCUUUUUCCCCAACUUAACUCCCUUAGCCAAUAAAACACAACCCAGUGGAUGGGAAACUUCUACACCUCAAAUUUCUUCUUAGCAUUUAAUACUUCAUAAAAGCAGAAAACACAAAUGUUCCAGAAGUGGCUCACAAAAGUCUCACAGGGAGGGAAAUAUUAACAAACAACCUCUGUCAGUCCUU